AUGCGACGGUUAAGGUUGCUCGCAGUAUCGCUGAUAGUCGUCGCCGUGUCGCUCACAUUCCUCCUGCAGGGCGUGUACGUGGAGAGGCUAUUCCGCUCCGACUCCCGCAACACAGUCCAACGCGUCUUUGACGUGGUGGCGUAUGGGGCGGUGGGGGAUGCAGUGACGGACGAUACACAUGCGCUGACCACGGCCAUGCAUGCGGCAUGCACGCAUGCAGUGGAGAAGGGAGUGGCGGCAACGGUGCUAGUGCCGUGGGGUGGCUGCUAUGCCGUGCAGCCCAUCACCAUGCAGGGCCCGUGUGGGCCUGGCAUGCGAUUGCAGAUCGAUGGGGUUCUGGUAGGUCCUUCGGACCCUGCAGCCUACCCUUUUCCCGAAUACACCAGCACCUACUUCCCCUACACCAGCGGCUUCCUCUCCUUUAAGAACUUCUUUGGCCUCGUGAUCUCGGGCGGAGGCAGAAUCGACGGGCAAGGGUGGGAGUUCUGGAAAGCAUUCAGGAACUACACCCUGCAGAAGACCAUUCCGAUCAGACCGUUUGCAAUCCGGCUGAUGCACUGCAAGAACACGAUGGUGGAAGGGAUCUCCAUCUGGAACUCUCCCAUGUAUCAUCUCUUUGCCUACACAUGCGAUGGGCUGCACAUACGGCGGUACAAGACCAACUCGCCCAGCAGGAGUCCCAACACGGACAGCCUCAAGCUCGUCGGCAUCAAGAACGCUCUCAUUGAAGAGUGCUUUCUGCAUGGAGGUGAUGACGAUGUGUCAGUUGUAGCAGUGGGGGAGCUGGUGGCGUAUAACAUCACUGUGAGGAACCUGGAAGCAACAGCAGGGCACGGAAUAAGCAUUGGGAGUGUUGGAUGGGAUGGCAAUGUGGGGUGUGUAUCAAAGGUGCGGGUGGUGAACGUGACGCUCAUCAACCUGACCAACGGCAUCCGCAUCAAGACAUGGCAAGGGGGUCUUGGGGUUGUCCAAAAUGUCAUGUACGAGAACAUCCACAUGAAGAACACCAGCAAGGCCAUCAUGCUGAAUCAGUUCUACUGUGACAGGCAUCAGAAUUGGACGUGUGGUGGCAGUGAGAACAACGUUGCUCUGCAUAACAUCUGGUACCGGAACAUUUCCGCACUCGUCCGCGAUAAGUUUGGUAUCUUCAUGCGCUGCAGUGAAACUGUGCCUUGCACUGGCAUUAACCUCCACCAGGUCAACAUCCAACCACAGGAUCCCAACCGACCGCUUACACCUGUUUUCGAGAAUGUGCUGGCCAGUGCCGCAAGUGAUGAUGUGUGGCCUGCACCAACAGGUUCGACUUUUGAUCAUUGGGGAAUGUCUUUCCCUACAGCACAGCAGGCGGCUCUCAUACAGAACGUGUCAUCCUAUUGUAACCAGUACGGAUGA